AUGUCGAAAGACGACGGAAAACGCAAGAAAGAGUCAGUUGUCGAUCUAACCAGAUUCCUCGAUAAAGAGAUUCGUGUGAAGUUCCAAGGAGGGCGCGAAGCCAGCGGAGUUCUCCGAGGAUUUGACCAGCUUCUCAACAUGGUACUCGACGACUGCCGAGAAUACCUCCGUGAUCCUCAGAACCCAUCAGUUAUUGGUGACGAGACAAGACCGCUGGGCCUCAUUGUGGCUCGUGGAACCGCCAUCACUGUGGUCAGCCCAGCCGACGGACUCGAGCAAAUUGCUAAUCCAUUCGCCGGUCAGGAAGAAUGA